AUGGACUUUGUUGCACCGAAUUUUGGGGUUGUUGGGGGAAAGAAUGACUGCCUGGCCUGCAGCUGCCUUCUGGGGCUGCCCACCGACUUUUCUCCCAAGCGUUGUGAGAGCGGGCGGGAAACGCCCUUGGGGCCGGCGGAUAACAGGAUUUCCCUUUGGUCUGUGGGAGAUGUUGGAAAUGUGGACCUCGAUGGUGAAUAUCAGAGAGAUCCUCAGCUGCUGUGUGACAUCAGGCAUGACGGUGACGUUAUGGACAUGCAGUUCUUGGAUCAAGAGAGAAUUGUGGUUGCCUCAUCAACAGGAACUGUAACUGUGUUUCGUCAUCAUCAAAAUAACCAGACUUUAUCGGCCAACCAGCGGUGGGAGAAAGCCCAUUAUCAUGUGGAUCAAGACACAACUUGUGGUGGAGCACCAUGUACUGGAGUCAUCUGCAACAACCCAGAAAUUGUCACUGUUGGAGAAGAUGGUAGGAUAAAUCUCUUCAGAGCUGAUCAAAAGGACGCAGUAAGAACUAUAGACAAUGCAGACAGCAGUACGCUCCAUGCAGUGACUUUCCUUCGCACAACUGAGAUCUUGACAGUAAAUUCAAUUGGACAGUUAAAAAUAUGGGACCUCAGACAGCAAAGAAAUGAGCCAUCUCAAAUAUUUUCUUUGACAGGUGACAGAGUUCCACUGCACUGUGUGGACAGGCACCCCAAUCAGCAGCAUAUUGUGGCCACGGGGGGCCAGGACGGGAUGCUGAGUAUAUGGGACAUCAGGCAGGGUUCUAUGCCAGUAUCCCUGCUAAAUGCUCAUGAAGCAGAAAUGUGGGAAGUUCACUUCCAUCCUUCCAACCCUGAUCACCUAUUUACAUGUUCUGAAGAUGGAUCUCUUUGGCACUGGGAUACUUCCACAGACAUAUCUGAAAAACCAUCUUUUCUUCAUCAAGGAGGAAGAAGUACUACCUAUUUUUCCCACAGUACCAUUAACCAGUCUGUAGUAAGUGCCUGGCUAAGCAACGAUCCUACCAAAGACCGCAUGAAAAUUACCAACUUAAUUCCAAAUCAGACUUUAUCUGUGAAUAGUUUAGAUAUUUUGGGACCAUGCCUAGUAUACGGUACUGACGCAGAGGCUAUUUAUGUGAACAGACAACUCUUUGCAUGAAACGACUCCAGUAUCCCAUUGAAGUACGCAUGACCUUGAACUACCGGGAACUGUCAGGUUCAUU